AUGACGUUGUCAGUAUCUAACCCGCGCCCCGGCCCCCCGCCACCACCAGCCCAAAUUGAGAGAGCUCUGCUAGCGUUUCACUAUGCCUCGUCUUCCCUCAAACUACAACUUUCGUAUUCAAGAAAAUGGGAUAUUCAAGACGGAAACCACUUGUAUCAUCCGAAUAUCCAAACGGCAAGUGAUCCACAAGCUGUUAUUGAUUUCAUCAACAAGGAGGGUGAUAUACUUGAAGAGGGUAUAUAUCAACAGCAAAUCAAAGGUUCUUCGAAUUCAACGAAUGAGAUUUGGGCAGAAAUAUUGAGAACUAGCAAUUCUGCUUCUGAAUUCCUCGACCAAUGCAAGCGUCUACAACCAAAGGUAUUCUUCACAAAAUUGAGUGCUCUUCAGCACUUUGCUAACUACGAAUGGCCUCCUAUAGCAGAGGUCUACGUUUCUCCGUAUUGUGAUUUUCCUCGUUUAUCAAAUACCCUUCAUGAGUGGCAAUUGAAGAACGUGUGCUGCUUUCGCAGACCGCACAGACCAAUGUCGUUGAUUCUGGAAGGUCCCACUGGGAUCGGGAAGACUCUUUGGGCAAGGUCAUUAGCUCCGCACAAUUAUUUCAGUGGAAGGAUGGACUUCAGAAGUUACUCGAAUGAUGCUUAUUAUAACAUUAUCGACAACAUCAGCUUUAAACAUUGUCUUCAUAAGAAGGAAUUGCUCGGUGCGAGACAUGACUGGACAGCUAACGUCAGAUAUGGAAAACAAAUCAAGAUUAAAGGAGGCAUUCCUUGUAUUAUCUUAGGGCCUGGACUCUCCGGAAUCGGGUAA